AUCGUUUCUGCUUCUGGUUCUGGUUCCGGUUCCGGUUCCGGUUCUCUCUGAAGCUGCUGCUAUCGAAUAUCGAUUUGCUUUGUUCGGGCUGUCUUCAAACCGCCCAAAGCGGUUGCCACGAGAAAGAUGACCGCGAAUAUCCAGAGGUGCCGACCCCUCGCAAAUUCUCUCCUCUUCCUCCGCCCCCUCCGCCGCCGUUUCUUACACAGCGGCCCGGACACAAUUGACGAGCUAUUGGACAGGCAUGUAGUCAGGAAAGACACGAGCUACGUUGACGACGAUGAAAACGAGCUUCUGACUCGGCGGCGGCUCACCAGCACUCGGCGCGAGGUGCUGAGUCUCUACCGAGACAUCCUCCGGGCCACCCGCUUCUUCAUGUGGCCCGACUCGCGAGGCGUUCUGUGGCGCGACGUUCUCAGAGAGAACGCCAGGAGGGAGUUCGAGGAGGCCCGAUUCGAGACCGACCCGGAGAUCAUCACCCGGUUGCUCAUCGGCGGGCGUGAUGCUGUGCAAUCGGCGCUCGAUAAGCUUGCGGAGAAACAGAGAGAUCAGAUCGCCAAGCAACAACGAGAUCAAGGUAGUCGUUGAUUGUGGUAAUUGCUUAAUGUUGUUCCUGAAAACGAUGUAUAAAUCAUGUGAACUUUUUCAAUUUUUUUAUUUGAUCAAUAAGAGUUUCCAUUGAGUCUAUGUUAAA